CCUCGACAGUCGAGUCAUGGCUUCCAGGAAUUCUCAGCAAUCGUACGCUGCCUUCUUCGAAGAUUUUGAUGAGGAUGCCAACGUUACCAUUCCAGAGACUCGCACCGUUGCCAACGCUUCUGUCAAAAGAUCGAAGGCCGAUAUUCAACAGUCAGGCACUAGUACUGACGGUGCGAGCGACUCGGGAUACUCCAGCCGAACAGCAGCCACUGUUGGCAGUGCUGAUUCACUCCCCACGGGGAAGAAAACUCCUCCUUUUAUUCAGCUGGACACUGUCAUCGCCAAUAGGGAUAUCGAACGCGUGAGAGGCCGUCCCGACGACAGAGAAAGAGAGAAAUCAAAAUCCAGGGGGAAGGAUAGGGAAUCAAGAGAAACCCAUCACUCCUCUUCUUCUAGCGGAGCAACGAUGCACACAAUAACAGGUGUGCACAGAAGCUCCAGCAGACCUGCUCCCAAGCGGUCCUCGUCCAAGGCAAGAAAAUGGGAAUCCACCCAUGGACGCCAUGCCCCCGAUACCUGCCUGGAUUGUGACCAAUAUGGAUACCACCAUAUGCCUAUGGGGCCCCCUCCUCUUCCUGACCCUCAUCCGGCCGAUUACGGUUCCUAUAUGCAUUCCCAAUCUCAUGGCUACGACAUUCCCUCAUCUCCUCAUCCUCAGUCAUACCAUUAUCCACCUAUCGUUAGUCAGGAAAUCGUAUCAUCUCGUCGCGACCGUUCGAAUUCUUAUCACCAGAGUCGGCCCAUGAGUUUCCACUCAGGGACUAUGCCAGACAUGAAUAUGUACAUGCAUAUGGUUCCUCAAACCCCUGCCUACGAACAACAUGGGCCCCCAAUAUCCGCAUCCGCAUACGCCCACUAUAUGCAGCCGUAUAUGUCCAACGGACCUGUUGCCCCUCCCCUCCCGUCUCAUAUGGCAUAUGAGUCCGCCCCACCGCCUAAUUUCGAACGACCACGAGCCGCGUCCACCUCCCGAUCGCCUGAAAAACCAACUGGCAGACGGGCUUCAAUGUACGGGACACCAGUGGUAGAAUACCCACAUUCACCCUCCACCCAUCGUAGCGAAGAUCUACACCGACAGCCUUCUUCUCGGGAAGUUCGUGCCCGCCGCGAGUCAGUGUCUCAACCGUCGACAUACGACCCUGAUGAAGAUUUCUACCGCAUGCCACCACCCCCAGUCCCCAAGAGCAAACCCCCUCCCCAAGUCAUCAUCCCCCCUCGUCGACCAUCUGCCCGCAAAGCGGCCACUGCAACAUCUACCCCAACCACGUCACGGCGCCCAGAGGGCAUCGAUAUGGAUGACCUUCGCGCAGCCCUACCUCCAAGCCGACUAGGCAGAAAGAAGUCCAGAGACGCCGUCCUAUCCGAGCGACGACCCAGUGCACCCGGCAAAGCAGGCAUCAGAACCACCUCUUACCACGACCCCGGACGAGCUGCCAGGAUUUCAAUCGAACACAGUCGCCGCCGCUCAUCAGUCUAUGGCCUAGAACAGCCCAAGGACUUCGACCAAAAGCAACGUGAGGCAGAAGAAUACCAAUCCUCCCGAACUUCCCGCGCCACCCCGCUCACACUAGACACCCUCGUGAAAUCCCGACGCAGCCACCGCGCCGACAGCGACAGCGGCAGCCUCCGCACCCGCACCGACAGCAGCCGUGGCAGCGACGUCAAGACCAAGAGUGGCAUCAGUCGGCCCGAGGACGAUGAGAUCACAGUGAUGAUUGGCGGGCUCAGGAUCGGGGUUCCCAAAGACAACAUUGAUCGGCAGGUCAUCAAUUUACGAUCUGGCGAGGAAGGGUCUUUGGAGGUGAAUAUCGAAGGGCGGAGACCAAAGCGGUAUUUCCUCUCGCGCUCGGAGUCACUUAGUGGCUCGCGGAGAGAUAUUGAGGAGAGUAGACGCCUUCGCCAGGAUUCGUCUUCUGAUCGGGCGAGUAGGCGCUCGAGCCGCUCUGGGUACAGUGGAAGAGGCCUGUUGGAGUCGUAAGCCCUGCCUGGGCUGCAUAUAUGCUUUACAGCAAAACGAUUACUACCUGCUGUUUUUACCUUUUUGCCGGUUUUAAUGGUUUUUCUUGAUUUUCAAAAAACGCAUUGAAAAAAAAGCUUAGGGUUUAAUGCUAUAUUUUAUCGCAUUUCCAAAUACUUUUUUACUUUUCCUUCUCGCGCGGGGGGGGGGGGAAUUUACCGCGUUUGCGAAAAAAAAAAUACAAAAAGCGAAAAAGAAGGAAAGGGAAAUCACUUUUGGCAAAAGACAAAAAUGGGAGGCCUGGUCGGUUUUUUGGAAAAACCAUCAAAAGUUUUUUGUUUUUUGCGGGAAAAAAAUAUUUGUUAUGUCUAACGUGCUCUCUUCUUUUUCUUUUGCUUCUCUUUCUAUUGCUAUAUAUCCCCCUUUUUUGAUUUGAAAGCAAGCGAUGAUGUCACGAAAAAAAUCAUGUACCUGAAAACUCCCCUUUUGUUAUGUCUUCAUUCUUAACUUUGAUCAUGCUUACUUUCUGCAGUUCUGGUUAUUUCCUCUCCAAUCAUCGCCUUCAUUUAUCACUGAUGCUUUUCUUGUGUUAUUCAUCUUUUUCUUUUUCACUUCAUCCUUCACACCUGCGCUCUAUUUUAUUCUUUUUCUUUUUCUGGAUUCUUAUCAUUUUCUCACGAUUUGGGUGAUUUAUUUUGAUAUUUUGCAUUUCUUUUGCAUAUGUGCAUGAUUGGAACUUUUGUUUUUGAUUUAUUGCCCACCUCACCCCCGCCUUACUACCCCUAUUUACACCUACCUACGUAGGCUACGUGCGAUUCACUCAAUCCCUACUCAGCUUCUCUCCCUCUUCCACCUCUAUCUACUUCCCUAUCCGAUCCCCUAAAAAAUGUCCCGUUACCCCUUUUUUGUUGCCCAUCGCAUCUUUACUCCCUACUCCCCAUUUUUCUUUUGAUUUUUUAUUAAUUUAUUUAUGUUGCUGUGUACUCUCAUUUGUCUGAGCGCUGGCGGAGGUUUGAAUCAUGUUAAUUAAUGAUCUGUACGAUUUUCAACGAUUUGGUUUUUUUCAUUUUUCAUUUUUCAUUUUUCAUUUUUUGUUUGUUUUGGUUUUUUACAAUGAAUGGCGAUUUAUUAUUAUUUAUUACUAUUAUUUUCUGGCUUCCGUUUUUCUUCCCCUCUUGUCAUCAUCUUCACUUUUUAAUCAUUAACGCCCAACUACUCUCAUAUAUAAUAAGCGUUUCUUUUUCCCUCUGCUUGUUUUAUCCAUUUCAUUUCAUCCCUUGCUCUUAUUCAUUGUUUGACUCUAGCGAAUUUGCUUGCUAUUCUUUUCAUACAAUCCUAUUAUUCUCUGCUAAAUCUUUUCUUUCUUUCUUUCUUUCUUUCUUUUUUUUUUUUUAACUCUCAAGCUUCUUUUCGUCCGAUUUCUGAUUUCCGAUUUCCAAUUGCCAAGUUCCAUUUUCCCCCCUUCCCCUGCGAGCGCCGUUAUUAUUCUUGCUUCCUAUUAUUCUUCUCCUUGUUUCUUGUUUACAUUUCCUAAUGAGCGGGUUUAAGCGUCCGGAUGGCUAGGAGGGGUGAAGAGGGUUUUACAAACCUCCCUCCUGUCCCCCUCUCCCACAUCAAUCCCCAUUUGAUUCGAGCAAGCAGUGCUCCAAAUUCUUACUACCCCGCGGCUUACGCUCCUUGCUCAGUCUUUUAUUUGAAGCUGGAUAUUUUGUCCCCUUUUAUAUUCAUUAUGUUCUAUACCCCCUUUUUGUUUUUUUUUUUUCCUUUUCUUUUUCAUAUUUUUCACCCCUGUUGCUUCUACCCCUUAAUUUGUUCAUUUUCUUUAUAUUCUUUUCUUAGUGAAUUUCUGUAUAAUGUAGGGUAGUCUCAAUUUAUUAUUACUUUUCUUUCACUGUUUUUCAUGAAAACUGCUUCUCUUCAAACUUUAUAGAAAUUCUCUUAACUACAUUUUUUCCAA